AUGGCGAGUCAUCUUCUCCCUCCGUUUCCACUUGCAAGUACCUCCGAUGGUCAACUGCAGAUGCUUGGCCAGGUUCUGUGGAAUUGGGAGCUGUGUGGGGGCUGCAAUAAACAGCCCGUCUGCGCAUCAGUGGGUUGUCCGUGGAACCGAGCAAAGAGACUUGGUCGGUUCUGGGACUAUUACAAAGAGAUCACUGCCUCGUACGUUCCUGAGCUUCUUACCGAGAGCUCUCCAGCACUAUCAACACACGAGGAUCUUCUCAAUAUCCUUCGUUUACUCAAGGCGCAGCCCGAUACCCCACGAUCGCAAUUGACGCACGAGCAUUUCAGUCGUCGAGCAGACGAAGAAGGAAAAUGCCCUCCUAUCUCGGACCAGAACCGAGCUUUCAACCUCGCAAUCCGUGUUCUGCUUAUGGUCAACUGUACAGUCCCACAUCAGUACUCCGGAAUACUAGAAUCCGGAGAUCAGUGUGUCCCGUGGCACGGCAGCACAUCUAUCAGUCAAUUCAUAGCGGAAGCCUUUCCAAAGACAGAUCACCCUUAUCUGAACGACGUGGAGGGAUCUAUGAAGAGUGUAGACAUCAAGUAUGCCCUGAUGGCGAAAAUACUGAAACAACGAGCUGAGCUCCGGUUCGAGGCUACGAAUAACAUUUACAACCAUCUUAAAUUGGACCGUAAGCAGGGGGUUGUGCAGAUAUUCCAUCAUUCUGCCGUGUUGAAGGAGAAUCUUCGGGCAAGCCAGCACGUCCAGACUGCUGCAAAAAGUAGCGACUUUGUCAAGAGUGGAAACAUGCCACGACAGCUGGCGUUGGAGGCGUUGGACUCGAUUCAUAAGAUCCUCUUCCCACCGGACCCGGACUCUCAAUCUCUUCUUUCAUCUCUGGUGCUGAGAAGCUCCUUUGACGAAGACUGUCUGCGAUUCGAGUCCACAGCGUACCGCGCAGAUGACGAGAAGGACAUCAAUUUUCACUUUUUUGGUUCUAGGCUUGUUGCUCUGCAUGAUGAACUUGAGAGCCCAACACCCCGAGGCUGGCUUCAAAAGUGGCUGGAGAGAAAGAGCGGAGCCAGGUACGUGAUGAUGGCUACUCUAGUGGGGGUCAUGAUUGCAGUUAUACUAGGCAUCUUAGGAUUGGGGGUCACGAGUUUUCAGGCGUGGGUUGCUUACCAGCAGUGGAAGCAUCCUGUAACUCAGACUACACCCCCUAACUGA